CCUGAGGUGGGAGGCGGCACCCGAGGCAGAGGAGGAGGCCCGAGAGCGACAUGUCCCGGGUUGCUGAGGCAGAACGGUCCGUGGCGCUGUUUUACUGAGUCGGGGGCGGCCUGGCGGCCGGCCGAGGACGAGGGUCGGCAGGGGCUGCCCCCGCAGUGGUGGCCGCCAUGCUGGGGCCCCGGGUAGCUGGAGCAGCCGCUGUGGCGCUUCUCCGACUGCUGCUGCUGCUGCUCUUGCCGGAGCUCCGGGAUCCGGGCUUCGGCGUGGUCGGAGCCGCUGGGGCCGGGCUGCCAGAGAGCGUCAUUUGGGCAGUCAACGCGGGCGGCGAGGCGCAUGUGGACGUGCACGGGAUCCACUUCCGCAAGGACCCUCUGGAAGGCCGGGUGGGCCGAGCCUCAGACUAUGGCAUGAAACUGCCCAUCCUGCGUUCCAACCCCGAGGACCAGAUCCUGUAUCAAACAGAGCGGUACAAUGAGGAGACCUUCGGCUACGAAGUACCCAUCAAGGAAGAGGGGGACUACGUGCUGGUGUUGAAAUUUGCUGAGGUCUAUUUUGCACAGUCUCAGCAGAAGGUAUUUGAUGUCCGAUUAAACGGCCAUGUUGUGGUGAAGGACUUAGACAUCUUUGAUCGUGUUGGGCACAGCACAGCUCAUGAUGAAAUCAUCCCCAUGAGCAUCAGGAAGGGGAAGCUGAGUGUCCACGGGGAGGUGUCUACCUUUACAGGGAAGCUCUACAUUGAGUUUGUCAAGGGGUACUAUGACAAUCCCAAAGUCUGUGCACUCUAUAUCAUGGCUGGGACGGUGGAUGAUGUGCCCAAACUGCAGCCUCAUCCAGGAUUGGAGAAGAAAGAAGAAGAGGAAGAAGAAGAAGAAUAUGAUGAGGGGUCUAAUCUCAAAAGACAGACCAACAAGAACAGGGUGCAGUCAGGCCCCCGCACACCUAACCCCUAUGCCUCGGACAACAGCAGCCUCAUGUUUCCCAUUCUGGUGGCCUUCGGAGUGUUCAUUCCAACCCUCUUCUGCCUCUGCCGGUUGUGAGAACAAAUGGCCAUCCUCAGCAGGGUGGUGGGGAAUGGGAAGGAAACCAAACAUGGCGGUUUCUGUAUUGACAGUGUUUAGCAAAACGAAAAACAAACAAAACACACACACACAAAUGAAAAGAGAUAAGAAGAAGCAGAAUGAGUGGGGAACAGCCCCACCUACCACUGGUCCCAGAGCUGCUCAGUCCUACUCUUUGUGGCUGGCCCCAGCUUUCUUUUCUCUGGGGUAUGUAGGUGAGUGGAUCCUUCCUCUCCAAGGAUCCUUUUUACAUACCUAGUAGGAAGGACUCUGAACUCAGAGCAGUCAUGGUUGUUGUUUUAGGUUAGACAUUAGCAGGAAAAUGUCAUAACCUGGAAAGUUAUAACCAUACUGGGAAUUGAUUGUGUUCUGAAUUUAUGUCUGAUGUGAUUUCAGAAGUCAUGUAUUCAAAGGAUGUAUGUGGAGGUAAAUAAGUUGGAUGGUAAAGACAAAGGAAAGGGGGAAGAAUUGGAAAAGAGUGAGCGCUUCCUUACUUGGAAAUCCUUCUGGGUUAAUCUUUUGAUGGCUCCACCUCAAGUUUCUUCAUUGUCAUUUCUCAUCUCCUUGACGUGUGCCAGUUAGAGGACUAUCUGGUAUCCAAGACGACUAGUGUAUGUCAGGUCCUCAAAUUGCCUACAACUUGUUGCCACAACAGAUCAUUUUGUUUUCAGUGCCUGUUGAGGACUUGAUUUCUUCUUGAUUUUUCUCUUAUUCUGGUUCAUUUGAAAUCUCUUCCCAAUUCUCACUCUCAAUUAUAGAGCUAAGUUAUUGUCGAAAUGAGCAAGAGACUGGAGAUUAGAGUUCUGUUUGCUUGAGUGUCUUACCCUCCACCACCUCACCUUGUUGGUACCUCCUUCCCUGAAUCCCUGAGCCAGCAGCCAGGAGGACCUGACCCAGCAGCUCUUACUGGCCCCUCCAUAGGGCCUUGCUGCCAGGGGACAGGGAUGCUUUCCAGCCUGCAGCAACAGAACACUUGACCUUAACAGUCUCUUCUGGUCUAUGGAUUAGAAAAGGCUUAUGUUCACAACCUCAGAGACUCGAGCCCUGUAAGUGACUGACCACUGUUCAGAAUGUCCAGAAUUUGAUGUUCAUUUAUCCCUGUGUCUUCUGUCCUACAUCAGCUAGUUUGGGUUUAUGCCCAGAGUCACCCCAAAGAACCAAGACUGGCUGCACCAGCCCAGCUGUUUUCCUCAUUGGUCAUAAUCGAUGCUUUACCACCCUUUCAGCCGCCUAGCAAGUAGCAGUCAAGAUCUUCUUGCCUGGGAACUGAAAGACUCCUAGUCAGCCAUGGUUCUGGAGGCUCUGAAUGUCUAACUUUAGCAUCAAAGUGUCUGUCUCAGAUUCCCAGUAAACACUCUGUAGGGAUGAAGUUUCCUUGUUCCCCAACUUUUGAUCACCUUCAUCUAUUUGUCAGUUGACAACAGUGAGGACAACCUGGCUAAACUAAAAGGGAUUUUCUAGGUCAGAGGCAGCAGGAUUUGUGAGUUGGAGCAGAAUAGAAUCUCAGGCCAGGCCCAUAUUUCUAGAAUGUGUUUAAAUUUUAAGUCUGCCUUAUCAGAUAUUUGAACUGUGUGACAAAGUAAGUAACUCUUGGGCUCAUAUCCUUACUUUGGCUCCUAAUGAUGACUCCAGGCCAGCAUAUAGCCAUUUGAGAACUAUUUUCUCUGUGGCUUAGGCUUGCCCCAGGGUACUGAGUUGACAGCUGGAUGGCUAUGGCCUGAGGUUGCUGUCAGGAGCACUUCCUGGAGUGCUUCCAAAGGUCAUUCUACAGGAUGAGGUACUGCUGUGGUCUUGGGGACCAACUGCUUAGAGCAACGUGUGUCCUAACUAAUUGGGCUUCCGACAGUGACUUUGGUUCCUGGUCCAUCACUGUUUAUAAACCUGUGGGCCACUGUCAGCAGAUUAAACAGCAGCCUCCAUGUUGCCUUGUUUGCCUGGGUUUCUGAGAAAGGGUCGGGGAGGUCCUGCCUCCUCACCCCAACUUAUCCCUUUGGUGACUCAGAGCCUCAGAAGGAAACCCUGACUCCUGGGGCCAUUUCCUAAUGGUACUGUAAGCCAAGCAGCUCUACUUCUGCCUCUGUUUCCAAGCCCACCCCUUCCCGUAGGGAUAGGGACGGGUGCUUUCCUCUCUAGUUGUGUCCAAACGGAAGGAACAUCUUUCUGUAGCUAACAAAAACUAAAAGGGAAAUGAGGAAACAGCAGAGAAGGAAUAUGGUGGGGGCUGGGGUAGAGUCCCCUGAGCCAAGCCUGCCCAGCUAAUAAGAGCUGCUUAGGGCUGGCCACAGCCAGCUCAUAAUGUUGAACUUGAAAGCUUUUUUUCCCCCUCCAAGAUGAUGUAGGUACAUGAGGUUUAGGUUAAAGGGGUUGGGUGGGGUCGUGCUUUAUUUUUAUUUUUGUAUUGUAUGUGUCAAGAAUUACUCCAUUGUUCAUCUUGCUUUUUGCACUGUUCCCCUCUCUGUGUUUUGAGAUAGUGCAAGGAGUGUGCCUGGGAUUGGAUGCUGUGAGUGGUACCACUUAGAGAGUUGAACAGGAGAGGCCCAGGUUUUCUGUUUGAGCUAUUGUCUGACCCAGGGUUUUAGAAUCCACUAGUCCAGCUGGCAGAGGUAAAGAUAAGGACAGACAGCUUCUUUUUGCCCAAAGGGUGGUCCUCUUAACAUUUGUGGGAGGAGCAAGCAAGGCCAGCUGGGUAGAGCCUGCAGGUCCAAUGUGGUCUAGUCAGGCCAGCUGGCCUCUGAGUUGCUUCAGGUCUUAUUCAAACUAUCUUAAACAUUGUGCCAAUAACUGAUUUGUGGGAUUCAUAUCUCCCAAACCAACUCUAUUCUUCUGGAAGUCUCCACUUCUAAUGAGAAGCUGCUCAGUGGAUACCCACAGUUCUGGUGGUUAAAAGAUAGUCUUCACAAACCCAUGGUGUCAGAGGAGCCGCCUGUUGAUUAAAGACGUGGCCUUGUUUUCUUGCUCCUGCUGACUAGGAGAUCCCAGGGUCAUGUGAAUGAGCCUUGAUGAGGCGGGUAAAGUUUGUGUUGUCUGAUGCCCGUGUUCUGUGCCUGGAGCAGUCUUAGAACUGUGGUCUGACUCCUUUGCUUUUGUUGAGAAGCUUCUGUUUUAAGGAAUUUCUCUUGUUCUGUCCCCAGCCUCUCCUGGGAAGGCCUGGCCCUGGUCUAGACUCUUAGCUGAGAAUCUGAGAAAAUGGCAGCAGUAUCCUUUCUUUUAGCACUCAGAUCCCCCUUCUUAGAAACUGGCUCACCUGGAGGAGUCCAGGGAGGCAUCAGUAGGUUUUCUCCCUCCCUGGUAACUGGGGAAGGACCCACCCCGGUUAGCACAGUGCCUUUUUCUCCCCUGCUCUGAGUCAGGUGGGCAUCCCUAACCCGCUAUAGAUUCAGGCCUGGGCAGGGGUCCUACAGUCCCUGCCACGGGGCUGUUUCCCUAUCUCUCCCUCUUCUUGCUGGCUACGCAGACAUGAUUUCAGUGUCUUCUGGCCUUGAGGAACCUUAAUGGAAUUGUGGCCACCGCAUGUGACACUUGUCUGUGACCAUAAGGACCUAGGAGAGCAGGUGAGCUGCUCAAGUGAGAGACUAACAGAUGCUCCUGCUAUUAAAGACAAAGCUAGGGAGGCUGCUUUGGGCCUCCUGUUGUGGCCUCUGAAGAAGGCGAAUGGCUCUCAGGUAAGACUGACUGAGAGUACACACAUAGGAGCAAACCACAGACACUAGGAUCUGCUCGGAGAUCGCAGAAGAGCUUGGUCUCUCUAGGGAAGAUGUAAUAGGGAUCAGAGUGUGCUAAGGAAAUUGCAAAGAAGCCUUAUUGCCCACACCAGAGAGCUCAGGGUGACUUUCUCCUCGGACUUCUCCUCAGGCAAGGGCUAGAUUUCUUCAUAAUGAUGGAAGACUACCUUGGCACUGGUGUUCAGCUGCCAAGGGAGGCCUGGUUUCUUUGUACGUGUGUGGCUUGCUGCUGAUCUGGUCUGUCCUUCCCCACCUGCUUUUGCUUCGUUUGCUCUGGGUGGUGAGAUCAUCUUGCUAAGAGCAGAUUUGAGGGCUGACUCGGUUGGCAGGAAAAGAACAGAGUGGAUCUCUUGAGAUGGGUUCCUCUCAGGAGUGUAAAAACAAGGGGCUGCGAUUGUGCUGGCAGCCAGGGAAACAGUAGUGCCUGUUGCAGUUGGCAGAGAGGGCCUUGGCACGCUUGCAUCCAGGCAGUCUUGUGCGAUGGGAGCACAUAGCAUCGGGAGAAGCAGAACUCCAUCCUCACCUCUAUUUUGAGCUUAGUGCUUUAUUUCGGUAUGAGGAAAAACAACAACAAACUGAAGUGUGCUUUCCGUCCUUUCAAAGGACAACUGUCAGGAAAGGAGAGCUAAGGUGCCAGGUGGGAGGGGAGACUUGGCAAGGAGAGACGUCGUGGCAAAAUCAGGAAAAGAGACAUUCUUGACUCUGCUCUUCCCUGGUGUGCCACGAUCCAGGGAAUGAAAAGAAAUUUGACCCUGGAUUAGUUAACCUUUGCUGGAGUUAAAGAACAUUGCCUUUCCACAAAGUCCCCUGGGAUAGGAUGGCUAUCCAUUCCAAGCUCAAGGCAGUCUCUUCAGCCACUGUUGGCCCAACCUGGCUUGUUAGGAAACUAGCCCCGCUGCUCAGUAUUGAACCUGGCUGCUUUGUGUGACACCAAGAAUUGGAGAAAAAGCAUCAAAUCCUUAGUAGCUCCUGUAGCUCCUGUUCCUUCCCAUCUUUUCCUGCGAGGGCAGGCUGACUCUGUGGCCACACCAUGCAUUUAGAGCAGUGCACACCAAGGUGUACUCAAGGGGCUUUGAACCUGCUGGCCAGGGAAGCAGUAGGGGUAGAUAGAGCUGUCUUUCCUUCUGGGCUGUCUCCAUCAGUCUCUGCCCCUUCCAUGCCCCACCCUACUCCCACCAAAAAGUUUAAAAAAUCAGGAUGUUUUUCACUGUCCAUUGCUUUGUGUUUUAAUAAACAAUUUGCA